AAGAUCGGCCAGCACCUGUCGAACUGCACACAGCCAUCACCGACAUACAGCGCAGCCGCCGAUCUGCCGUCGUCGCCGCCCCCCUUCAUCUCGGCCAGCACCACUGGACCACGCGAUCCGCCCGCAUAGCCAGCUUGGACCUUCGCGCUCACGCUCCACAGUGAGACGCCUCGUCCUUUAAGUCGACGACUGCGAGGAAAGCGCCGCCGGCGUAUCGCAGUCGGGGGCCCGAGCAGGCACAAAGCACUCUUCCAUGUUCCCUUCUCCAUCGGUCUCACCCGCGCCCUCGCCGCCUGCGUACUACCUCUUGAGCCAGCAACAACAGCAGCAGCAUGGCGGUGGAGGCGGCGGCAGUGGUGGCGGAAAUGGUGGCGGACAGCUGGGUAGUAUCUUCUCACCGCCGGGAAGCAGCGCAGGUGCGGGAGGAACCGGCGGAGCCGGCGGCCAAGUGAACGGGUCCGGAGGCUAUGGACGCUUCGGCGCGUCGGCAGGCGCCUCGAGCGCUGUAAGCUGGGGCGGGCCGCGAGGACAUCACAACCACCAUGCCGGCGCAGGGUCAGCGGGUGGCGGAGGAGGAGGAGGAGGUGGUGGUGGCGGCGGAGGAGGAGGGCAUCAACAGAAUCCCUCUCUCUCCUCUCUACCUGGCUCCAUCGGCCAACCAUCAUCAGGCGGCGGGCCGGCCUCACCCGCGACAUACGGCAACGCGCAUCACCCAUCAUCGCUACAUGGCCCGCAUGGCAUCUCGCACCUAGCGAGCCCGAUCCCGCUGCAUGCGCAUGCACAUGCACACUCACCCGGGCAGUCACACGCUGCCAAUAGCAACGGCCUGAGCAGCGCUGCGGCCGCUGCGGCCGCAGCGGCUGCCGCAGCGUCGCCCCAUUGGCAGCAGCAGAUCAAGCAGGCGGAGGUCUCGCGGCAAUCGAGUUCGCCGCAUCAUCACGCACGUGCAGCAGCGCUGGCAGCGAGGAGCGCAACGAACGCUGCCAUCACCAUCACGGACCCAAAUAAGAUCCCGCAAAUAGCCGCCAAUGGUCUGCACCUCGACACGGGCAAGAAGCCGGUCAACGGGACGGGGAGCGAGGAGAAGGACGGGGAGAGCACGCCGACGUCGACACCGACGUCGACGCUGCCGAAAGGAAACAUGACCAAGCCGGUCGAGACGGACAAGUCGCAAUCGUGGACCAAGAUCGACAUGGGCGGGCUCGGGCUCAAGACGUUGGCGGUAGAGGUGUACCGCUACUCGUUCCUCACGUCACUCUUCAUCAACCACAACGCCAUCACGUCGCUCUCGGCGGACAUUGUCAAGCUGAAGAACCUGACCGUGCUUGACGCAUCCGGUAACAAGCUCAGCUCGCUCCCACCCGAGCUCGGCAUGCUCACCGGGCUCAAGGAGCUGUACCUUUUCGAUAACAACAUCCUCACUCUCCCCGCCGAGCUCGGCACUCUGCACCAGCUCGAUAUGAUCGGAAUUGAGGGAAACCCGCUCGCGGAGAACCUGCGCUCGAUCAUCCAACGCGACGGAACGCAGGCGCUUAUCGCGUUCCUGCGCGACACGUGUCCUGUCCCACUGCCGCCGUCCGAGCGCGAGUGGAUUACCAUCGAGCCGGACCUCCCGCCGGCGACGGGCGACAAAGGCGAGCCGCCACAGGAGUCGUUCAACGUGCUGUGCUACAAUGUGCUCUGCGAGAAGCUUGCGACGACCCAGAUGUAUGGCUACACGCCCAGCUGGGCGCUCAGCUGGGAGUACCGCAAGGAGUUCAUCCUGCAGGAGGUCAUGAGCUACAGCGCGGACAUUGUUUGUCUGCAGGAGGUCGACGUCGAGCAGUACGAAGAGUACUUUUCCCCGCACCUCUCCGAGCAGGAGUACGAGGGCGUGUACUACCCCAAGUCACGCGUCCGCACCAUGACCGACACCGAGAAGCGCCGCGUCGAUGGCUGCGCCAUCUUCUACAAGGCGACCAAGUUCCAGCUGAUCGAGAAGCAGCUGAUCGAGUACAGCCAGACGUGUCUACAGCGCCAGGACUUUCGCAGCUCCGAGGACAUGUACAACCGCGUCAUGACCAAGGACCACAUCGGUGCCGUCGCGCUGCUCGAGAACCGCGACAGCGGCUCGCGCCUCAUCGUCGCCAACACGCACAUCCACUGGGACCCAGCUUUCUCAGACGUCAAGCUCGUCCAGGUCGCCAUGAUGAUGGAGGAGCUGGAGAAGAUCGCUGCGCGCUUUGCCCAGUUCCCCGCCAAGCUCAACGUCGCAGAUGGAUACCCGCCCGCACCCAAGUACGGUGAUGGUACGCGCAUUCCCACGCUGGUCUGCGGCGACUACAAUUCGGAGCCCGAGAGCGGCGUGUACCAGUUCCUCUCCACUGGUGCGCUCGAUCCCAAGCACAAGGACUUCCUCAACCACGUUUACGGAAGCUACACCACCGACGGCCUCAAGCACACUCUUGCCCUCAAGUCGGCUUACUCAAACAUCGGGGAGCUACCUUUCACAAACUACACGCCCACCUUCGUCGGCGUGCUCGACUACGUCUGGUACACCUCCAACUCGCUUGCGGUCACCGGCUUGCUUGGCGAGGUCGACAAGGGAUACCUCUCCAAGGCCGUCGGCUUCCCCAACGCCCAUUUCCCUUCAGACCAUAUCUGCCUUCUGGCCGAGUUCAGGGUCAAGCACCCGAGUCAGACAGUGGGACCACAGCCCCGCGCCGUCGACUUUGGCCCUUCUUCCAAGGAUAGGGAUCAUCGAGAUCGGAGGCGCCACUAGAUGAUGAGGAAGCGCAACGUCAAGGUUCAGUCCAGUCUAGUCCGGUCCGGUCGCACUGAAAUCAGGUGCGCA